UAGGGAGGCUCCCAAAUCUCUUACACUUAAACUAACGAUAAAAUUGCAUUGCCACUAAAGCAGAAGAACAGAGCACUUUUAUGAAUCUGAUUCUGGAUUUAUUUUCUGAAGGGAAAAGUGGUGGAAAUGAAGCUUCUUUUUAAUUUGCUCGCUGUGAUCUCAAUUUUUCUUGACAAUGGUGCGUCUGGUGUUGGAUCAGAUGUAGUCUCAGUAUCAGUGAAGGAGGGAGAUUCAGUCAUUUUUCACACCCACGUUAAAACAAACCAACAAAAUUGUAUUAGAUGGUAUUUUAAUCACACUUGCUUCACUCAAAUCAGUGGAAAUCUCAGUCAUAUUUGUACAGAUGUUCAGUGUGAUAUUGGCACUGAGAAAUUCAGAGACAGGCUGAAGCUGGACACUCAGACUGGAUCUCUGACCAUCAGAGACAUCAGAACCACAGACUCUGGACUUUAUGAACUGAAGAUCAUCAGCAGCAGCAACAACACCAGUGAAAAAAGCUUCAAUGUUACUGUCAAUGGUGUUUCCGCUACUGAACUAAAUCAAAUGAGACAUGUGAUGGACGGAGAAACUGUCACUUUAGAAUCUGGUGAAACAAAUUACACAAGUUAUUUAAUGACGUGGUACUUUAAUUACGCUUGCAUCGCUGAAAUCAAUGUAAGUAUGAGUAAGAUAUGUACAAAUGAUCAGUUUAAUAAUGGCACUGAGAGAUUCAGAGAACGACUGAAGCUGGAUCAUCAGAUUGGAUCUCUGACCAUCACGAACAUCAACAUCACAGACUCUGGACUUUAUCGACUACAGAUCAUCAUCAGUGACAGCAGUUUUUGUAUCACCAGAGUGAAGAGAUUCAAUGUCACAGUCUUUUAUCCCGCAGCAGGAAUAUGUGUUGCUGUUGUUAUUCUGCUGAUGGCUGCGGCUGUAACUGCUGGUGUGAUUUACUGUCGCCAAAAGAAAUAUAAACCUACACUAAAGAAAAUGAGAAUGAUGUUAAUAUCUCGCCACAGAAUCCAAAAGACAUUGCUUAAGGGACUUGGUAUGACGGUGAAUCAGACCCACGAUGAGGCUGCUUAUACAAUAAUGUAAUAUCAUUUUGAUACUUUCAUUGAAAGAGACACUAAAGAGAAUUGCGAAACGAUGGAGAGAAGAGGAUCAGCUGAAACUGCACUAUUUGGAGAAAUCGACCAGUUAAUGACUUAUUUAUAGCUGUUUUGUGUAUUAAUGUGGCCUUUAAAAAUCAGGUAGUUGGUGAAUACUUUUCUGAGAGUAUUUAUGAUAUUCAGUGCCUGUAAUUGGACUCAGUGUUGUUAUUCUGGUGUUAAACCUGAAAAAUACUGAAUGUGAGGCACAUUCACAUAAUUAACAAAGUUGUGUGUACUUGCUAAAAACAAUGCUGUUAAAUUAGAGUAAGUCUUCAUACAUUUGGUAGAUAUAUUUUUAUAUUCAUUUUUGGAAUGUGCAAAAAUGAGCCAGUUUUCUUACUUUUCAUUGAGGCAUUUCAUGAGGUCCUGAUUAGUUUGUUGAUUUUAUUUGUCGGCAUGUGAGGAGGAAAGACCCCGUUGUGUCAUUUGUCUUACCUCAUAUCUCAUUCAGUUUUUUUGUGUUCAGCUGCUUAGACAAAUAUUGUGUUUCUUGCGCUCUUUUCCUUUCUGUGUUCCUUACCUUUACAUUCACCAAGGGACAAGUGUCUUGAAGUAAAACCAACAGAAACACUAUU